ACUCUCGUACUCAACGUCUUGUGCGACGACGUCGGUCUCUCCGGUAACCUUUACAGCGACGACCGUUUCUCUUAUCGUGCGGUGCCCCGUAAAACCCAACUUUCUUCUAAAAUGACUAACGUAUCUUCAGGCUCAAAGCGUUCUUACGAAGGUGGCCAUGAGCCGUCAUCGCAUAAACGACCCCGGGAAGACGCUAGGGAUUGGAGGGAUGUUCAUUUGAGAUCACCUAGGAGACUCUCUCCUCAUGGAAGGAGAGAUGGUAGCGACUAUCGUGACGAGCGACGGAGGAGCGACUAUCGAGGCCCUAGCAGAGACCAUGACCAUCGCCCCCUCGAUUACGGACGAGAUAGGGACCGUCGGGAUGAGCGGGGCAGAGACUCAGGCAGGGACAAGAUUCGUCGCGAAGAGCGUGACAGGUCGCGACCUCACAGUCGUGAUUAUCAUCGUGAACGAGAUGGUUCCCGGAGAGGCACGACGUCUAGCCCAACGAACAGGAAAACUAGUGAACCUGCCCGACAAGUCCCCGUCUUGCGAGAGGAUUCUGAGAAGGAAGAAGGCGAAAUCUCCCCUCGGCCUGAUCUGCGACAGGAGUCGAUAUCAAGCGUCCCGACUCGAGCGGCGACGCCUCCACCACCUACGCCUCCGGAACAAGAACAAGAGCUCGAACUAGCAACUUCUCCGCCACCUGUGGAGGAUAUUCUUGCUGCAAGACGGGCUAGACGUCAGGCCAUUUUGGCGAAGCAUGCCGGAAAGGAUAGCUCGGACGCCACUCCGAUCUCUGGACCUAGCAGUGCGGUUGAACCGCCUCCUGCCAUUUCGUCCAUUUCUGAUUACGUAUCUCAGUCCCACAGAGCUGCAGGUACGCCUCCCGUAUCUGCCAUUGAACCCAAAGGAGAAAUCGGUGUCUCCAGUAAACGCGAAUCACUAUCUGCGACACCGGCACCAGCUGCCUUCGCACUCGCCAAGGAUGGUGAGGAAGAAAAUGUGCAAGCAAAAGUCCAAGCACAAGAUGGUGCCUCCGAACAGAUUCUCGCUGCUGACUAUGAUCCUAGUUUGGAUCGUCGUGAAGACGAGGAGAAACGGGUCCGUGGAGUGGUCGAACAACCACAGGCAGAUGUGGAGGUGAUCGAGGAAGAGGAGGAAGAGGAAGAGGAGGAGGAGGACUAUGUCGACGAUAUGUUCGCCGUUGCCAUCAUUGAGAAAAAGAAGGUCAAGAAGGUGAAGAGAGUUAUGAAACCUGCACCAGCAUUGAUCACGACAACUUUAGAUUCGGCCGCUGACUCCGAAGGUUAUUAUCAAAUCAUUCUUGGUGAACUUCUCGACGGGGGACGAUAUCAGGUAUUUUCCUCUCUUGGCAAGGGCAUGUUUGCCAACGUCGUGCGAGCGCGGGUCCUUCAGAGUGACAUUGGCGAGGUGGGUAAGGAAGUUGCCAUCAAGAUCGUUCGCUGUCAGGAAUCUAUGCAUCGUGCUGGACAGAAAGAAGCACAAAUAUUGAACAAGCUGCGCCUGGCUGAUCCAGAUGACAAGAAACAUAUAGUGCGUCUCGAGCGUACCUUCGAACAUCGCGGCCAUCUUUGUCUCGUGUUCGAAUCUAUGAGCAUGAACCUUCGGGAUGUUAUCAAGCGCUUUGGUAAAGACGUCGGGCUGAAUAUUCGAGCGGUACGGGCCUACGCUCAUCAGCUUUUCUUGGCUAUGAGUCUUUUACGCAAGUGCAAUAUCAUGCAUGCUGAUAUCAAACCGGACAACAUUCUAGUGAACGAGCAGAAAAACGUGCUCAAGUUGUGCGAUCUUGGUUCGGCUUCGGAUGCAUCUGAAAACGAAAUCACACCCUACCUCGUUAGUCGCUUCUACCGCGCGCCCGAGAUCAUACUAGGUGUGCCGUAUGAUCCUGCACUGGAUAUUUGGUCCAUCGGUUGCACGCUCUACGAGUUGUAUACCGGCAAGAUACUCUUUCCUGGACGUUCCAACAACCAUAUGCUAUUGCUCAUGAUGGAACUGAAGGGUAGAUUCAAUACGAAGAUGAUCAAGAAAGCGAAAUUCGGCGACUUGUACUUCGACGAAUUGGGCAACUUUCAAAGUAUUGAGAUUGAUAAGGUGACAGGAACUGAGGUUAUACGGAAGGUUCACAUUACGAAGCCGACGCGGGACCUGAGGUCACGGCUGAUGCCGUCUUCUUCCAAGCUGAAGGAUGAUGAGGCAAAGACCCUUACAGCCUUUAUUGAUCUCCUUGAUAAAUGUCUAGCGUUAGACCCGUCGAAGAGGAUUACGCCGAAAGAAGCUCUCGCGCAUCCAUUCAUUAGGGGUUGAGAGUAAGGGUUCAUAAAUUAUUAUGAACUACAAUAGAUGGUAUUUGGUAAUGUGACAACUCGUACUACAGAAUAAUCUUGCGCAAUGUAUUCAUAGAUUCUUAUCAAGCUUUCUUGUGGCCAUUAUUGGCUCUCUAUCAUUGUGGAGUUCCCU